AUGAGAACAGUUUUGGGGCCCAUACGCAAGGAAUGGCACAUAUCUUACGUCUACGAGGUCAUAACCAAUUCCACGAUCCUCGGGGAUGGGGCUUAUUUCGCCUGGCGCAUCACCGGCUGUGGCGUGAAGCAAAAGGAAAGACUUGCAAAACAGCUCAGCCCUCUUCAAGAUUCAGGCCAGUGGCUCGACUCACUGAGCAGUGAGAUAUCCUUCGUAGAACUAGAAAAGGGAGCAUUCGAUGUCACUGCAGUCUGCGAGAGAGCAAGGUCCCUGCUUUCCAGGUUGAAAUCCGGCGCACCCUCGUGGGAAGAAAUGAUUCAACUUGUGCGGGAAAUGAUUAGCGUUGAUCUCAAAGUCUCUCGGUGGCGUGAGCGACCCGAGUGGACCUUCAAAUUCCUUCCGCGGAGUGCCUUGACUGGUGACCUGGAAUGCAUCAGUCGCCUCCCUGCUCAAGUUGAGAUACACCGCGAUGUGUGGAUGGCGUAUGAGUGGAACUACCACCGCACAGGGCGGAUCAUCCUACAUCAGACGCUCCUCGAAUGCCUCUUGCAGCCAUCCGUUGACCUCCCCGCCGCUGUUUCUGCCCAUGAGAUAUCGAAUUACAUCGAUGCAUCGACGUGCAUCAUUCACGAUCUUGCGGACGGUAUCUUAUCUACAGUCCCUCAGUCUCUUGGGGAUAUUGACAGCACUGGACAAUGUAUUUCACCAACCUGCGACAAGCCUGGAUGGCAGGCUAUUGGGGCAUAUCUUCUGCUAUGGCCGAUUAAAAUCAUCAAAUCUCACAAUAGCAUGGUGACAGAAGCGCAAAGACAUGACGCUGAACUUUGCUUUGAAAGAAUUCGGGAACGGACUGGAAUGAAAGCCAAGUUAGGCCCGUUGUCUUCUAUUUGA